AUGGUUGUUCGAAUCCGACUGGCGCGCUUCGGCAACAAGCAUGACCCAUUCUACAACAUUGUUGUGGCCCAGGCACGAUCUGCCCGCGGCGGCAAGCCCCUCGAGGUCAUCGGCACCUACAACCCAAUCCCCAAGCGUCCUGUGAGCCCUUACAAUGAGAACGCCAAUAUGCGCCCUUACAAGGAGGUUGCGCUUGAUCAAGCGCGGGCGAAGUACUGGUUGGGUGUUGGUGCGCAACCAAGUGACCCCGUGUGGAAAUUGCUGAACAUGGUACGUGGUCUUGAAACGGGGGGAUGGCUACGGAACGAAUUGCAGACGUAG